AGGCUCAUGAGCACUGUGAGCGCGUAUCUGCUCGGAGCUCCGUGCGGCCGCUGAACCGGCAGGAUGAGGAGCAAGGCCGGUGUCAUGUUCGCUGCCGGCCUGGCUUUAGGAUUCCUGUCCCUCCGCUUUGUGUUCGACUCCAGGAUGCCGCCGGUACCGGCCCGGUUCUCCGUGAGGGACGACCGGCAACUCCCAGGUGCGAACAACAGCUCGGUGGCUAAUUCCUCUCACCCGACCCGCGUCUUAUGCUGGAUCAUGACAGGACCUACGAACCUGGAGUCUCGAGCCAGGCACAUCAGGCAGACAUGGGCCAAACGCUGCAGCAAAGUUCUGUACAUGAGCUCGGUGAAGACGGACUUCCCCACUGUGGACCUGAAUGUCAGCGAGGGGAGGGACAACCUGUACUGGAAGACGAUCCGAGCCUUCCAAUACAUCCACCGGCACCACCUGGAUGAAGCAGACUGGUUCCUGAAGGCAGACGACGACACCUAUGUGGUGAUAGAGAAUCUCCACUACACGUUGUCCAGAUACGACCCGGAGCGACCACUGUACCUGGGCAGAAGGUUCACCCCCUUCAUCAGCCAGGGCUACAUGAGUGGAGGAGCAGGUUACGUCCUCAGUAAGGAAGCCCUGCGCAGAUUCAUCAGAGGCUUCGACACAGGGGAAUGCACCCACUUCUCCUCCAUAGAGGACAUGGCUCUGGGGAAAUGCAUGGAGACCAUGAAGGUGGAGCUGGCAGACUCCAGAGAUGUGAAGGGGAGGCAAACGUUUCAUCCUUAUCCUCCAGACUACUAUCUGGUUCGACAGCCCCCAAGACCACGGCCUUGGUAUCUGCUCUACGAAUACUACCCUCCAGUUGAGGGUCCAGGCUGCUGCUCAGACUUCGUUGUGUCCUUCCACUACAUCUACGCCACCCAGCUGUAUGAGUUGGAGUACCUGACGUAUCACCUGCGGCCGUAUGGAUACAAAUACAGAUUUAAUCCUGAUGAACUGAACACAACAGCUACAUCCAGGUGAAACGCUGCCAGUCUGGAGGAGACGUUGAGGGAAUCUGCUGGUUUCAGAGCUGAGUGGAGCUUUAUGACCCAAUGGAUUUAAUCAAAUUUUAUAUUGUGUAAAUACCCUCUACUUGCCUGAAUAUUUCUGCCAGCUAACUGAAAACUUUCAUGUGAUGUUUGUGGUGAAAAUGGGUCUGUUACCAACUUGUCUAAUAAUAAAGAAUUGUCAUGAAAAAUCCAA